UUCCGUCUCUUGAGUCGGCUUCUCACCGCCUUCGGCCCGUGGCGGUGGAGUUCUUCCGAGAAACGGCCAUUGGCCCGUCGGCCGUGGAAGCGGGCGAAAGAUGGAUCUUCCGCCGACGGUGCUCGUCCAUGGGAUCCCCUGGGCGGCGUGGCGCUGGGCGGAGCGUCGGUUCCCUUUCUUUCUCUAGCUAGGGUUACGGGUCUUCGUUCAGGUGUUGCAUGCUUGUGAUAUGAGAGAAGUGCUGUAUUUAGACAUUGGAUGCAUACAAUCCUUAAUAUGGAAUACACCUGUUAUUCACCGAGAAUAGUUUUGGUAAACUCAUGAGAGAAGUUUACCGUCAGAGGCACUGCAUCCAGGCGCAUGAUGCAAAUUUCAUGAUCUCUGAUUCUUCACUGCUUUGGAUGGCAUUUUGCUGAAGAGGAAAUAUGAGAUGAUGGAUGACUAGGCGGCAUUUUCUCGGGUACUUGUUGCAAGUGUUGAAGGUGACAUAUCAAGAGAACCAUUUAUUUAAAAGGGCAUCCUCCUCCUCCACAAAAGUACUCAAAGGUAUGUUACAGUCCCUCCGCCGACUCUCAUUCCUCUUCUAGAUAUUAUAAUUAUCAUUAUUUUCUGAUGGUCACAUGAUGAUGAGAGUUGGUAAUUUUCUAUGUUGCGUCAUAGCUUUCUGCUAAUCUAAUUCCUUUUGCAUUGCCAACAUCAAAAUCGACAGGCCAUCUUGAUUUGACCAGACAGUCCAUUGUGAGCCAUUAAACCGUAACAUAAAUUUCAUUGCAAUGAGUGAGGGGGGUAAUAUUUCCUGGAAGUGGAGGUGGAUAAUAUAGGGUAAGGCAUGCUCAAAGUUGGUUCAGUAAAAAACCUUCCCUAGCUAGCCAACUUAAAGAUGGAGAUGUGAAAUAUGAAUCCACGAGGCUUAAAUGAUAGGUUGGAGAACUUCAAUUCACAGGUUUUAUGACCUCCCCGACCGAGUUGCCAUCUCCUUACUUCUCUUGGCUUUGUGCUUUCUGGCCAUCCUACACCUCCCCCAGAAGUUCCAGUCCAUGGAUGCCACUUGUCCAUGGCUGCCUAAUUUAUGUGAAGUAGAGGUUCACAGGCUUCGCUUCAUCUCAUCGGAGGGCCAUCGUGCCCGAGAGAGAGACGAGCACUUACGCCUCCAUGCCUGCUGCCCAUCAACCCUGUCUUCCCUUCACCGUUGGAAUAUCGCAGGUCUUCCGUUGGGUUCACCAUGUUCCUUUAAGGCUGCAGCUUAAACCGGACCGGAUGAUGACUUGACCUUAGGCAGGAAAGAAUUAGACCACAGCUGUUCACCAUGACCAUGCAUCCAAGAAAGGAGGCCACAGGAUUUGAGGAUAGCAAGUACCUGCUCCUGCUUCCCUACCUGACAGGAACAGUGUCAUCAUCAGUCUGCCAAGGCCUACCAAUCAAUCCCCUCCUAAUUACUUAAAUCUAACCAUUGUGGGGUGUUUAAGCAUGUAUCCUUCAACCAGUCAUGGAUAUAUUCUGAGCAGAGGGCACCGGCUCGUUCAUGCACACCUUUCUUCCCCUCCUCCGUUUCAUCAUUUUAUUUUAUUGUGAUGGGAGAGACUGUCGAGAGCUUGAGUUGCCUGAAGCCCUUCCUCUCCUGCGUGGAAAUGGACUCGAGCUUGGAGCUGAUGGGCCAACUCGAAGAGCUAAAUGGAUCCGCCAUGGAGAUUCCAGACUCCGGAGUCGUGGGAUUUUUCAGCGAGGAUUACUUGUCCCACCAGUCUGAGCUCGGCAUGCCUUUUCCGGAUCACGUGUCUGGUUUGUUGCCGGCAGAAUGCCAAACACCCGCGGCGCCGCCGCAGUCCAAGGCGUCUGUAGCUGAGCAGAGUCAGGGAGACAGGAAAAGGAAGGGCAUGGAGGCGCCUGUGGCUGAGCAGAGUCAGGGAGACAGGAGAAGGAAGGGCAUGGAGGCGCCUGUUUCUAACAGCGAACACGCUUCGGCAGCUCUUUCGGAGUCCGGCUUGCGAGUGCUCGAGAUCAAGAAGAAUAGUAGUAACCGCUCAGGGGGUGGGAAGAGAGCGAGAGGCAAUUCGAGGAAAGCGGAGAAGCUCAAAGAGGUGGUUCAUGUGAGGGCAAGAAGAGGCCAAGCCACUGACAGCCACAGCCUAGCCGAGAGGGUGAGAAGAGAGAGGAUUAAUGAAAGAAUGCGCUGUUUACAAGGCCUGGUUCCCGGCUGCUACAAGGCCAUGGGCAUGGCCGGAAUGCUCGACGAGAUAAUUAACUAUGUACAAUCACUGCAGAACCAAGUUGAGUUCCUUUCGCUGAAACUUUCGGCUGCAAGCUCCUUCUACGACUGCUGCUUCGACAUGGGCAUGGAGACUCUCUCCACACUACAGGCAGGUGAUGGGCAGGAGACAGAUGAGGCAGCUGUGAGACCGGUGCGAGAGGAGUAUGGGGGUUGUACCACCGGCUUUCCUCUGUAGUUUGUCCUUUCGCAUCUCUCUCUCUCUCUCUCUCUUUGCUUCGACUGCCAUUUCUGAUUACAUCUACUCGUGCAUGGCACACAUGUAUUUUCCCAUGCACAUAUAUAUAUA